AUGGUCACCGCGGACGGAGAUCUUUUGCCCAAGACCUCAGGCUCUUGCAAUUCCUUCAACAUCGCUGAUGAAAACGAGGCGACUUACCUCGGCCUGAUCCAGAAUGAGAUCCAACCUUUCUUUCCCAAUUUUGCCUCUGCUCUUUCAAGACAGUCGCCGCUUGAACGGGAAUACGGAAGGUGUGCAGCAGUGGAUCUGAGCCACAAGUCUGGCGAUAGACGUACUUUAUUCCUAAGCUCAGACGAGCUACGCCAUUUUCUAUUAACAACUCCCACAUCCCCAAAGCCCGGGUCGGGAGAUGGACCUCUACGACGUCUCUUCAUCCUGGAAGAUCUUUCCAGCAACUACAUCUCGAUUCUUGGUUCCCACCUCAGGAUUCCGCCCAGCUUCUUUGCCGGCCAUUAUGACGAUCCAGCCUCGCCGUCUGGGUUCAAUCAUCGCAACCCGUUUGAACGCUAUACGACAUCGCAAUUUCGUCUUCGUUACGCUGAUUCGCACCGUGCCGAAGUCAAUGUUCCGCCACACGAGGCCUCCAGUACCUACACUUAUAAUACAAAUGUAUUUCGGUAUCUUCAUGUUUACAACCCAAACGGGCCUCUUUACGACGAGAUGCGGAGUGUUCACGUUCUUUCUUUCUGGAGCUCGCCGGUAGGAACAGACGGCGCCUGGGCUGCCGUGCUGCUCGUAGAUCCGCCCCUGGGGAGUCACGUGAAGCACUUGACUUCUAAGCAGCUCGUACCGGUUCGACGUGAGCUGAGAGACGAGAGUUCCAUGCCGAGACAUUAUCUAUUUCCGGAACUGAAUGCUUUGCGGCAGCUGCCCGAGGAUAUAUCGGCAUGGACAGCCAGCCACCAGAGACCACAGUUUGUUUCAGUGUUUGACGAUACACUAAACAACUUUGCCUCGCCCGGGAACUGGUCGACUCGGGAGCUGGACGACCCUAGAAAAGCCGUCGAGUGGCCCCGCAAGCUCGUGAUCGGUAUAGAGCUCAGCUACCUGCGGCGGCGGCACCUGCUACUUCUCCACCUCCAAAAUACAAAUGUCAAGCCAAAUCAAACUCAUCGAAUAAACUAUCUCGCAAAUUUCUCCGAGGGUGUACUCUCGAGAUGGGACGAUCAAUACUUUGACUUCAUCGCUGGUAGCCGCACAGCGUUGAAAUAUUUCAUCCGAGAGCUUGAGGAGAAUAUGGUCUCAAUGGGGAUCAUCGCGAAGCAUGGAAUCACCCCGGGCUCAGCAAGCGCUUUCGGGACAGGAGCAGCAGCAGCGCCGCCGCCGCCGCCGCCGCCGCAAUGGGAGGUUGACGGAUGGCUGUCCGUCAUGGAUCUUGCGCAUGCCGUGGACGCGUCAUUGAAUUCGCUGGCGACGACAUUCAUGCAAUAUAUUACGAUCCAGGAGGCCCGGGUCUCGGGCGCCAACGCCCAGAGCCUGUCCAAGAUCACCGUCUUGACCAUGCUCUUUAUACCGCUGUCGACCAUGGCGGGCAUCCUCUCCAUGAGCGAUGACUACUUGCCUGGCAAAUCGAGAGCAUGGGUGUUUUGGGUGGUCUCAAUUCCACUCCUGUUUUCGCUCGCAUACUUGUAUUGGCGGCAGCAGUUCCUCGAGGUGUUGGUAAAGAAGAGAUCGAACUUGGCGCAUCUUUUUGGAAAAGGGAGAGAAAAAUUAAACGACAACUCCUACGUCUAA